AUGGACUGUUCAUUUAAGCUGGGCACUUGUGUCGCCGAUUUCAAGCAACAUGCGAGCGUUCUACCAUACCAAGCAACAGACUACAACCUUCGGCAAGUGCCCAAGAUGGGCGGUUGCGACUCGAAAGCUUCAAAAGGCAGCACCUCGAAGCCCAAAGCGAAGCCGAGGCAGGUGAAGAAGAAAGACCUCAAUCCAGCAGACUAUGUUUUCUCCAAGCAAACGGAUGCCGUCCUCAUCAGGAAGGAGGGCACUAUCGAUGGGGAGCAAUUCAACCUUGAGGAAUGCAAGAACUGUGACAUCUUUCUUCUUGACACAAUUGCCACGAGCUUUGUUGACGAUUGCCACAACUGCCGAGUCUUCAUCGGCCCGGUGGAGACGAGUGUCUUCAUCCGCAACUGCACCAGCUGCAGCUUUGUGAUUGCCUGUCAACAGUAUCGCUGCAGAGAUUGUCAAGACUGCAAACUCUCGCUGUACUGUGGGACAGAGCCAAUCAUCGAAAGCAGCCAAAACAUGCAAUUCGCUUGCUUUGACUUUAACUAUUUUUCUCUGCGCGGCCAAAUGGCGCGGGCUGGACUGAAACCCUGGAACAACAAGUGGUGGAUGGUGUAUGACUUCAACAAGAACGAAGACAAGCCUAACUGGGGGCUCUUGAAUCAGGACGAGGCGAGCAGCCUCCUCCGGCUCGAGGCCUGUGCUGCAGUGGUGACCCCCGAGGAGCUCGAGAACGAGCGUGUGGUGCCCAUUACUUUGGGCAGCCGGCCAUGGCCGACAAAGGAGACCUGUUUCGUUGUUUUUCUGCCGGAUUCAGAGACCCUCGUCGAGGCUUUCCUUUCGAAGGCGACAGCGAAGUGGGCGAUCUGCCGGGCAAGGUCAAUGGUGCUGCAGGAAGAGCAGCUGAAGACGUUUUUUGCUUGGGCCAAAGAGCCGAAGUUGGCCUCAAAAUGCAAGGGCCAGGAGAUGACGGGCAUCCAGGUCUGCGGCCAGGAUGUUCAGAAGCAGGUUCAGGACGCCUUAAAUCUCACGGGAAUGGCCACGGGCGCGAAGAACAUCCGGAUCAUCCCGGAGAAGGAGACUGAAGCCUUGGCCAAAAGCUUCUUCGAAACAUGGAAAGACGAGGUCUGA